AUGAAUAUUAAAAGACAACAUCAAUGUAAUGAAUGGCAUUUGGAGCGAAGAAAAAGACUCACUGCUUCAGUGUUUGGUAAAUUAUGUAAAAUGCGCCAAACCACGUCACGCGAAAAGGUAAUAAAAGAAAUGUUGUAUGGGACUUUUAGUGGUAAUGUUGCUACGCGAUAUGGAAUUGCACACGAAGAUAUGGCUAAAGAAGAGUUGGAGAAAAUAAUUGGAAAAAAAAUUGAAAGUGCAGGUUUAUUUGUAGAUGCAAAUUUACAAUUUUUAGCGGCGUCUCCCGAUGGACUAAUAGACAAUGAUAGUCUUGUCGAAAUUAAAUGUCCAGCGUCUGCUAAGAGUUUUACUCCAGAAGAAGGAAUUUUAAUGAAAAAAAUAAAAAGUUGCACUAUUGAAAACGGUCAACUACAUCUAAAAAGAAAUGAUAGUUACUUUUAUCAAGUCCAGGGUCAACUGCACAUAACACGCAAAAUGUUUUGUUAUUUUUGUAUCUGGACACCUAAAGGUUUGAUGUAUGAAAAAAUUGAAAAAGACGAUGAUUUCUGGGAUAAAAAUAUGAAGUCUCAACUAACAACGUUUUUUACAGAAUACUUUUUAUCCGAAGUUUUAAAAGACAGUUUAAUAUUGAAUGAAUAA